AAGUGUUGUAGGGAACCAGAUGCAAUGACAAUCAAACACAGGUAGCCUAGUGUACAAAUUAACCCUCUUAAGAAUCAGUUCCUUAUUCUCUCAUUAAGCUUUCUUGCUUUCCUUUACUUUUUAAAUAUACAUAUAUAUUCUCUCACCGGGGUACUCAAAGGCUUGUUUUGAUUCCAAGAUUUAUAAGUAUUAUUUAAAAACAUGACAACCAUCGAAGAAUGUCCUGUAUUACACCCAACACCCUAAGAGUUCGAAAAUUUCUAUCAUUACAUAGAGAAAAUAGAUAAAUAAUAUUCGACCAACUACGGGAUGGUGAAAGUAAAUUAUAUAAUUUAAAUUAAUUCAUAGAUCAUUCCCCCAAAGAACUUCCGAAUUCGCUAGUAAGACUAUAAUAAAUCUCUUGAUAAUCUUAUUGUUUAGGGUCCAAUAGAAUAAAAUGUUUAUGGUAAGGGUGGGAACUAUGAAUGUUUACAUAUCUUAAAAAAGUCAAUGCCUUUAAAAGAUUACAAAGCAAAACAAAUAGAAAUAGAUAAACAACAUGAAAAACUAAAUUCAGAUUAACUUGAGAAACUUUAUUGGAAGAGUUUAGCAUUUAGUCCUCCUCUUUAUGGUGCCGAUAUUAAACUUAGUCUUAUGGAUGUUAAUAGUUCUUGGAACCUAAAUCAAAUAACAAGUUUAUUAAAUUUUGGACUAAAGAAUCGUAUUCCUGGAGUUAAUGAGCCGUAUAUAUAUGUAGGUUCAUGGAAGUCAUUCUUUGCUUGGCAUAAAGAAGAUUUAGAUCUUUGUAGUGUAAAUUAUCUUCAUGUUGGGAAAGACAAGUAAUAUUUAAUCAUUUAUAAUUAUUAGGUUUUGGUAUUCGAUUCCUGAAGCAGAUAGUCAUUUAAUUGAGAAGUAUGCUAAAUAGAUAUAUGGGGAUCAUUUUAAUAAAUGUUCAGAAUAUUUAAGACAUAAAACAACAGUAAUAAAUCCUUAUUUGUUAAAAGAGAAAAUUCCUGAAAUAAGAAUUUCAAAAAUGGCUCAUCAUCAAGGUGAAUUUAUGUUUAUCUUUGCUGGAGCUUAUCAUUAAGGAUUUAAUUGUGGAUUUAACAUAGCUGAAGCAGUUAAUUUAGCUACUUUGAAUUGGUUACCUUUACUUUUAUAGGCAAAAACAUGUUCAUGCGUAAAGGAUAACGUGAAAAUAGAUUCAGUAUGUUUUGCUGAAAAUUUGAAACGUUCUAAUAAAUUUAAGGAGGAUGAAAGAGUAAAGAACUUUAUGGAGAAAACAAAAUCGAUGUAACAGAUACUUCGUAAAAACAUAAAGAAAAUAAAAGUAUGAUUAAUAACUUUAUUAUGG